AUGGUCGAUUCGCAGAAACAAGAUCCAGAGUCCAAUGGCGUGAAAGAGCCGGAUAAAGCGCAUAUUUCAAGACAUAUUGCUCCACGACAAUCAGAGUCGCAACAGCAAGGUCCGACGGUCCUGGGGCAGAGCUACGGCAUCAGUCCGCUCGAUCAACCUUUACAACCUCCGCGCCGAGUCACCUCUCGUUUCUCGCUUCGGCGCGCACAGUCAACUGCCUCGAUACAUUCUACUGCGUACGGUCGGACAAACUCUGAAACUGCUGCGCGAGUGCCGGUGGGCUCACAGGAAGACGUUGGCCAACAAUAUACAGAUGGCGGCGAUGGCAGCGUCGGGGAAGAACUUGCAUGGGGGCCAUCACAUCCAUGCUUCCCACAUUUGAAUCCACAUGUUCCUGUCAACUCGCCAGAAUACUCUGCUACUCGCAUUAUCCGAAUACGAAGAGAUUGGAUGGUCGUGGGUGAUCUAGCCCCGACGUUUUCCAAUAUCUAUCCUGAAAUUCUUGAUCCUUUGAUGCCGGAACAAGAGUUUCGCUAUGUGGUCGAGCACAUCAAUCAAACUCUAAUUGAUGCGUACGACCCUUUUUCGGCGUGGAACUGGUUUGAUGGAUUGAUGGGUUUGCUGACGGGCUGGUUCUGGGAAGAUUUUCGGCCUAUGGGCAUCAAGGGUCAACUGAGGGCUCUCGAGCAAUGGCUGGAGGAUUGGAACCAUACUGUCGGAGCGAAAGUUGGAGUGAAGAUUAUCCCCCUUCGUCGGACUGGCUAUAUGAAUCUUGAUAUUCAGAUUCCUGAUCCGCAGGUUAGAGUGGUCGGUGAGGAUGAUGAGUCUCAGCGGCCUACACCCUCACCACCGGCGGACAUGGCGAAUGGCAAUGGAACCCAAACCUUGGCCCAUGGCGGUAUCGACCAAGCCUGA